UUCACUUUCGCUGUCAGCGGCAGCCACCCCGUCUCCUGGAGCCGACGGGACCGGGGAGAUCGGGCCUCGGCGUGGCGGGACCCCCACCCCCUGGGACGGGGGCCUGGCACCUCCGCCCGGUGGGAUGCGGGCUUGUUGGAUGGAGCAGGGAUUGCCGGUGGAGGAACCACUGCUGCUGGCCGAACUCAAGCCCGGGCGCCCCCACCAGUUUGAUUGGAAGUCAAGCUGUGAAACCUGGAGUGUCGCCUUCUCCCCAGAUGGUUCCUGGUUUGCUUGGUCUCAAGGACACUGCAUUGUCAAGCUGAUCCCCUGGCCGCUGGAGGAGCAGUUCAUCCCUAAAGGGUUUGAAGCCAAAAGCCGAAGCAGCAAGAGUGAUUCAAAAGGACGAGGCAGCCCAAAGGAGAAGACUCUUGACUGUGGGCAGAUUGUCUGGGGUUUGGCCUUCAGCCCGUGGCCUUCUCCACCUAGCAGGAAGCUCUGGGCACGCCACCAUCCCCAAGUGCCGGAUGUCUCUUGCCUCAUCCUUGCUACAGGACUCAAUGAUGGGCAAAUCAAGAUUUGGGAGGUGCAGACAGGGCUCCUGCUUUUGAAUCUUUCUGGCCACCAAGAUGUCGUGAGAGAUCUCAGCUUCACACCCAGUGGCAGCUUGAUUUUGGUCUCUGCGUCUCGAGAUAAGACUCUUCGCAUCUGGGACCUGAAUAAACAUGGUAAGCAGAUCCAGGUGCUAUCGGGCCACCUGCAGUGGGUCUACUGCUGCUCCAUCUCCCCGGACUGCAGCAUGCUGUGCUCUGCAGCUGGAGAGAAGUCGGUCUUUCUAUGGAGCAUGCGGUCCUACACAUUAAUCCGGAAGCUAGAGGGCCACCAAAGCAGUGUUGUCUCUUGUGAUUUCUCCCCCGACUCUGCCUUGCUUGUCACAGCUUCUUACGAUACCAACGUGAUCAUGUGGGACCCCUACACCGGGGAGAGGCUGAGGUCACUCCACCAUACCCAACUCGACCCCCCCAUGGACGACAGUGAUGUCCACAUUAGCUCCCUGAGAUCUGUGUGCUUCUCUCCCGAAGGCUUGUACCUCGCCACGGUGGCGGAUGACAGGCUCCUCAGGAUCUGGGCCCUGGAACUGAAAACUCCAAUUGCAUUUGCUCCUAUGACCAAUGGUCUUUGCUGCACAUUUUUUCCACAUGGUGGAGUUAUUGCCACAGGGACGAGGGAUGGCCAUGUCCAGUUCUGGACAGCUCCUAGGGUCCUAUCAUCACUGAAGCACUUAUGCCGAAAAGCCCUUCGAAGUUUCCUAACAACCUACCAAGUGCUAGCACUGCCAAUCCCCAAGAAAAUGAAAGAGUUCCUCACGUACAGGACUUUUUAAGCAACGCUACAGUCUUAACUUGUUUUCUUUGUAGCAGGAUAAAUCUUCCUGGCAAAGGAGUAGCUGGAGUAAUGGGCCAAACAUCUGGUCUUGGAUUGAAAUAGAAUUUCUCUUUGGGAUUGUGAAUAGAAUGUAGCAAAACCAGAUUCCAGUGGACUGGUCAUGCAUCUUUCCCCCUGUGACACGUACAAGUCAGUCAGAGGGGAUUCUGCAUCCACGGCAACACAGCCUUACCUUAAAGCUUCAGUCCACUUAUAAACAGCAAUUUGAACUCUUUCUAGUUGUUCUGAUUCAAAGUGCAGUUACUGAUGUUGUUUUAAUAAGAGUAACUAGCCCUCAAAAGCCUCUGUGUAGUGACAGAGUUUCAACUCCCUCAACUGGGAAGUGUGGCUUCUGCCUAGUACUUGUCAUUAUUGUGUUUCAGAUGCAGUGGUGGCAUCGUUUAAAGUUCUCUCCUGCUGUGUCAGUUGUUUUGAUGUUGGCAAAUGCUCUCCUUUGUCUAGCUCCCCUCUGACCAGCAGGACAAAAUUUUCCUGGAGCCGUCUGAUGUGAGGUAUUAACUUAGCUUAACUAAAUUACAGGUGACUCAGACGCUGUGCUCCUGACUGAUACAGACACUAUCAUUGGCUUUUUUUGUUUUUAACAAUGGUGUGCAUGUGCAGGAGAUGACAAAUUUAUAUGUCAGAUUACACAAGGAUGUAUUCCUAAACUGCAUGGCUGUUCAAAUGGCUACUGAGUUGUCAGUUGUUUGCCAUUCGUUACCAUAUUUAUUGUAUUUUCUCAACUGAUGUUAAGGUACAACUGUGUUUUUCUCGACGGUAUCUAAAAACCAUAGUACUUAAGUCCAA